AUCAUAGUAAAAAUGACUUUUGUAAAAUUGUUUAUAGUUUUGCUGUUAAUUGCAGUCAUCAGUCUUGGUGAAGGUGCUAAAUUGGAUAAAAAAGGACAAGAAGCAUUUCGACGUCAGCAUAGAAAAAAUUUAGUCCACGACAAUAAUUUGGAAGCAGAUGCAGAUGUACCUCCAAAGCUAGUACAAUCUUGGCAAAGAUUCCAUGCUCAGAAUUAUAAAGACGACGCUGACAGCUUUGACAUUGAUAGUGUCGGUAGUGGCAAUACUGGUGAUUAUUAUGAGGCUGAAGAUGAUAUUCCACAAGGUUUAUUAAAGAAAUGGGCUAGAUUCCAUGCACAUAAUAAAGCUGACGGUGAUGAUGAAUUCGAAACGCCAAAGUCCACAGCAUCUGAUAUAUCACCGGAAUUAUUGCAGUCUUGGGUAAGGUUCAACGCAGAGCAUGAUAGCAAUGAAGGUGAACCAAUCUCUGUUACUUUCGAGCCUGUUGGGGUUACUCCGCUAGACUCAGAUGCAGAAGUUGUAGCUAAUACUGCAGUAACACACAUCCCAGCGAAAUGCUUUGUCGACACCAAGGGACAAUUGAAAAGAAAAUGCGAUGCAGCAAUUGCACGGUACAAUAAAUUACGAAAGAAUCGGAAAAUUCAACGAAAUCAAAGAGUUGAAGUAGACGAUGAUGAUGGUGAUGACGCCGACUAUGGUAGACAUGAUGAUGAUGAUAAUGAUGAUGAAGAUGAUACCGCUCAUUUAGAUGUCGCAGAUGUAGCACAUUUAUCGGCCUCACAUUCAAAUGUAGUAAAACCCAGCCGUUUGCAACGCACGUCGCCAGUCAACGGAAAGGCACUUAGAGGAAGCAGAGUGCAACGUAGACGUAAUCAAAUGUUACGUAGGCGACGUCAACAGGCUCAGAAACGUCGUCAGCAAACAGUUAAUCAAAAUCGCAAUAGGCGGCGUAGAAUACAACAACAAAAACGGAAGCAACAAAUACGUAGACGUAGGCAAAACCAAAAACGUAGACGACAACAGCAAAAACGCAGAAGAAUGCAGAAACGUAGGCAACAAAUCCGACGUAAACAAUGGCAAAUACGACGUCGUAACGGAGUGAACAGUAGUGCUUUUGCUGCAGCCCUCAACUAACGAUAAACAAAAACAAAAUUGUAUU